AAGCAUUUUUCACGGUAGAUACCAGAUUGACUUGUACGGGGAGCAUGACAUCGAGUCAUCGACCAAAUUCCUACGGAGUAUAUGAAAUGGAAAUUAACAGAGUAAGCGUUUCACGAGUGACGCACGGGAGUUAUCUCAACGUUCCCAAAAAAGUCAUGGCAAUUCCUCUGCAAUUCUCUCGUUUUCCAACCCGUACGGAUAUCUUCUCGCCGGAGUCUAGGAUUUUCCAGCUCAGGAAGCCUUUCGCUGUCAUCAGAUGCUUCCCCACAACAGCUUCAUCCUCCUCUUCUUCAGUGAUCGUCGAUUCGGAGUUUGAUCCUAAGGCGUUCCGGAAGAAUUUGUCCAGAAGCUCGAAUUACAAUCGCAAGGGAUUUGGUCAUAAAGAAGAAACUCUCGAACUCAUGAAUCGCGAGUAUACCAGUGAUAUUAUAAAGAAGUUGAAAGAGAAUGGCUUUGAAUAUACAUGGGGAAAUGUAACAGUCAAGCUUGCAGAAGCGUAUGGAUUCUGCUGGGGGGUUGAGCGAGCAGUCCAGAUAGCGUAUGAAGCAAGAAAGCAAUUCCCAACUGAAACGAUUUGGCUCACAAAUGAAAUUAUACACAACCCUACAGUAAAUAAGCGCCUAGAGGAAAUGGAAGUCAAGAAUAUACCUGUAGAUCAAGGAAAUAAAAAUUUUAAAGUUGUGGAAAAGGGUGAUGUUGUGGUUUUGCCUGCAUUUGGGGCCUCCGUUGAUGAGCUGGUAACUCUUAGUGAAAAGAAUGUACAAGUAGUUGAUACUACCUGCCCAUGGGUUUCUAAGGUUUGGAAUGUGGUUGAGAAACACAAGAAAGGGGAAUACACCUCUGUCAUUCAUGGAAAAUAUGCUCAUGAAGAAACUAUAGCCACUGCAUCAUUUGCAAGAAAAUACAUCAUAGUUAAGAACAUGGCAGAGGCAACUUAUGUUUGUGAUUAUAUUCUUGGAGGUCAACUUGAUGGAUCUAGCUCAACAAAAGAAGCGUUUCUAGAGAAAUUUAAAUUUGCAAUUUCCAAAGGUUUUGAUCCAGACACCGAUCUCUGUAAAGCUGGUAUUGCUAACCAGACAACAAUGUUGAAGGGAGAAACUGAAGAUAUUGGAAAGUUAAUUGAGAAGACCAUGAUGCGCAAGUAUGGAGUUGAAAACAUCAAUAAUCACUUCAUGAGUUUCAACACUAUCUGUGAUGCUACUCAAGAGCGACAAGAUGCCAUGUAUAAGCUAGUUGAGGACAAGGUGGAUCUUAUGUUGGUAGUUGGUGGUUGGAACUCAAGCAACACUUCACACCUACAAGAGAUUGCAGAGGAACACGGAAUCCCGUCAUAUUGGGUUGACAGCGAGCAGAGAAUUGGACCUGGGAACAAAAUAAGCUACAAGCUACUGCACGGCGAGUUGGUUGAGAAGGAGAAUUUUCUGCCUGAAGGACCCCUCACAAUAGGGAUAACAUCUGGUGCAUCCACUCCCGAUAAGGUUGUGGAAGAUGUACUCAUCAAGGUGUUUGAUAUAAAGCGUGAAGAACUGCAAUAGGACCAUAUAACCUGGGUUACGUUUACUCGAUGAGAGGUUCACUUGUAGUAAUUGAACCGUCGACAUGUAAUGUAAUUGAAGUCACAUAAGAAUAGUGUAUAUGUGAAUUCCUUAUGUUGCCAUAAAUGCAAUAAUUAUUUGUACAAUGACUACAAAGCAGGCGAGGACAAAAAGAAAGUGAAGCUUGGACAUCUAUAAGAACCAAACCUACAAGGAACCAAUCAAUAUAGCAUUUCAUACUCCUUUUGUUAAUUUAUGAACCUUCAAAAUAAAAUAAAAUUGUUUUUUUGUUACAAA